AAACUCUUCUUGGAUGGAUUCUCGUUGAAGUGCUGCUCGAUGCGUGAAACCAGGGCCGCUUUUGUUCCUUUUUCGUUGAGGCGGAGGUCGAAUGCAAGAUCCAUUAACUCUUCUUUGUUCUUUCCCGCAAGUGAUCCAAAAAACGGCGCAUCUGGAGCGCGUUCUUGCCGCCGCUUCACCAUUUCAAGCUCUUUCUCUUUCUGCCGCCUUUCUUUUUCUUCCAGUGCCCGCUCCUUAGCUUGCCUCUCGUCAUCUGCCUCCUUGGCCAACCGCUUUCCCUCUGCCGAUGUUAAGCACCGUGCUUCCACAUUGAGCUUUCGUUUCUUGCUUGGUUCAUUGCACCAUGUGGCCAUGAAGAGCUUGAACCUCACCCUCGAGGCGUUGUAUCCGGCCAAACAGCACCGGGUCAUGAUAGAAUCCAGAUGGAUGGACAGCGGUCGAAUUCGAGGAUCUGUGUCCGAUUCGCUGCUGCCAUCCGACUCGUCACAAGGUGGUUGCACUGCUGGUCUGAGAUCUAGUUCCGGCUCCAAGGCAAGGUCGGGACGAGAUGUAGAGAGCUGCAGAUCUGACGAUUGUGAGCACAGCCGUCUAUAUUCAGGGAAAUCUGGUAAGUCUGGAAUAUCAGGCGCAGCAGUGGAGAAUGGGAUGCUGGUGGCAUAGUCUUCUGCAGUAAAUGCAUCACGAUUGACAGGAUACAUGCCGCUCUUUUUGAAGGAAGAGAUAAUUGUCGUCUUCUUGAAUGUUUCGGCACGCACAUGCAUAUAUUCUUUGAUGAAGUCUUCUUUGCGCAUCUCCUGCUGUGUGAGGUCUAGGAUGGUGUCACAGUGUUCGAUCCAUGCUCGUGAGAACGGGCCAAAAAC